UCUCUUGAUUUUUGACCUGUCAAAAGGAAAGAAAAGCGACCUUCGCUAAAGUUGCUUCAUCGUGACGAGCAGCCCGGACAGCAAUUAGGGCAAUCAAUCAGUCCAUUUCUUUCCCUCUCCCUCCAGCAGCUCGGCUCUCUCUGGUCUCUGCCCGCCAUGGCGGCCAAGCUGACCCAGGAGCAGGCGGACGAGUGCAAGGAGGUGUUCGACCUGUUCGACGGCGACAAGGACGGCCGCAUCGCCGCCGGCGAGCUGGUCACGGCGCUCCGCUCGCUGGGCCAGAACGUGGACGAGGCCGAGGCGCGGGGCUUCCUCGAGGACGCCGGCGCGGGCGGCGCCGGCGCCGUCGCCAUCGACCUCCCCACGUUCCUGGCCGUGGCCGCGCGCAAGGCCAACGCCGGCGUAUCGGCCAAGGGACUGGCCCAGUGCCUCGACGCGUUCGACGACGACGGGAGCGGCGUCAUCCCCGCGGAGCAGCUGCGGCAGGUGAUGCUCACCCACGGCGACCGGCUCACGGAGGAGGAGGCCGACGAGCUGGUCCGCAAGGCCGACCCCCGCGGCGAGGGCCGCGUCCAGUGCAAGGAGCUCGUCAAGGUGCUCAUGAACAACAAGUGAUCGGCGAGCUUCUCUGAUCUGAUGCGUCGAUCGAUCGGCCGAUCUGGGGACCGGUGAAGUGUUGUCCUCCGGUGAGGAAAUGGUGCCAUGUUUCUUGAUUUGGUGAUGUACUCCUACUGGUUUUGCUGUAAUAUUGGAUUGGAUGCGAAUGCUCUGCAUACGCGAAGUCCUGGCUGCAAUAUGUAUGCUGCGUUUGUUUCGUUGUAUGUAUGUAUUGUAUGCAUACACAAAUUGCUUUAACGACGAUUUUGCACAUGUAUCAAAGACAUUGCCAGCGCAAAUCCGGUGCGCUGCUUCCUUGGUUUGGUUAGUGAAAUCGGUAGGAUUUGAAAAUGGA